GUGGCAAACAAUCAGCCAAUCAUCAAUAUAAGAGUAGCUCUACAUAACCAUUAACAAAUAUAAUUAGUCCAUAAAACAAAGCCCUACAAAACACAUAAAAAUGGCAGAAAACAGCAAAAAAAUGCAUAUUGCAGUAUUUCCAUGGCUAGCUUUUGGCCAUAUAAUUCCGUAUUUGGAGCUAUCAAAGCUCAUAGCUCAAAAGGGUCACAAAAUUUCCUUUAUUUCUACUCCAAGAAACAUUGAUCGUCCCCCAAAACUUCCGCCAAGUCUCGUCCCCUUCAUAAAUUUCGUCAAAAUUCCCCUUCCUCACGUUGAAAAAUUACCGAAAAAUGCAGAAGCCACUAUUGAUUUACCUUAUGAGCAAGUCAAGUACCUCAAACUUGCUCAAGAUGAACUCAAAGAACCCAUGGCUAAGUUUCUCGAAGAUUCAGCUCCUGAUUUCAUACUCUUUGAUUUUACCUCUUAUUGGGUUCCUUCAAUUGCUUCAAAAUUCAACAUUCCGACAGGUUAUUUCAGCAUAUUCACCGCCACAUAUCUAGGUUUCACCGGACCUGUGCCGGGAUUGAACAACAACUAUGAAAUUCGGAUGACGAUGGAGGAAUUUACAGUUUCCCCAAAAUGGGUUCCGUUUGAAACCGCGGUUGCUUUCAAGGAGUUUGAAAUUUUGAGAAUCUAUGAAGGUUGCAAGGACGGUGAGGAAGAGAACAUUUAUGAUGUUUCUCGUAUGUAUAAGACUUUUGAAAAUUGUGAUUUUUUGCUUGUGAGGAGUUGUUUAGAAUUUGAACCAGAAUGGCUCAAAGUAGUAGAGGAUAUUCACCCAAAACCGGUGAUCCCAGUGGGCCAACUUCCGACGACAUCAUAUGAAGAUGACGACACAAAUAUUGACGCGUGGAGAGAAAUAAAACUAUGGCUUGAUAAGCAAGAAAAAGGGAAAGUGAUUUAUGUGGCAUUUGGGAGCGAGGCAAAACUGAGUCAAAAUGAACUCACUGAGUUAUCACUAGGCUUAGAGCUUUCUGGGUUACCUUUUUUUUGGGUUUUAAAAACUAAAAGAGGAGAAUCUGAUGAUGAAUUGAUUCAAUUACCAGAAGGUUUGGAAGAACGAACGAAGGGAAGAGGAAUAGUGUACACGAGUUGGGUGCCACAACUUAAAAUACUGAGUCAUGACUCGGUGGGUGGAUUUUUGACUCAUGCAGGAUGGAGUUCAGUAGUUGAAGCAAUACAAUUCGAGAAGCCAUUGGUUUUGUUGACAUUUUUGGCUGAUCAAGGGAUAAAUUCUAGGCUCUUGGAGGAAAAGAAGGUAGCGUAUUUGAUACCGAGAAAUGAUUGGGAUGGAUCAUUCACUCGUGAUGCGGUGGUUGAGUCACUGAGUUUGGUACUCGUUAAAAAAGAAGGUGAGAUUUAUCGGCAAAAGAUUAAAGAGGUGAAGAAUCUUUGUUGCAACAAGAAAAGACAAGAUAAUUAUGUGGAGGAUUUGUUAAGAUUUCUUCAAAAUUAUAAAAAGAUUUAAGGCAUAAAAUAGGAAGAAACAUUUGGAUUUGCAUGCACUUUUCGAUAAUUGUGAUUUCAGAUUAAUUUAUGUACACCUCAA